ACAUACCAUUAUGUUGUUACGCUGAGUACUGUACAGUGAUGACAUGACCGCUUCCUUAAUAAUAACAAUAACACCUGGCUUAUCAUAUCCAUCGAUUUUUUUAUGAGGCAGUUAAGAAGUGUCAUGCACUUUGUUCAUGUCCCAAGGGAAGAGCCCGAGGACUUACUUAUCCAUAGGAUAUCUGCUAACAUUAGCACCGUGAAGGGAUUUCGGGAUAAAAAAGAACAAAAUCGCUCUCUUGAUCGCAGAGAGAUUUUAUACUGGUCACGUGGCUAUUCGUUGAGGAGUUGGAUUAAAGGGGUGUUAAAUCACUGGCAUACUAUUGGUCAUACUGUACUUGCCGUGUGCACUGUUCGCCUAUUAAGCUUAUUUUACCACCGUUAAGAUCGAUUGCUGAGGAGGGUUUAUUAUUUAAUUCAAGCGGCAGCAGGUUGCAUACAUCCGACAUUGACUUGGAAUCCUUCGACAUUUUCGUAUGAAGAAUGGCUAUGGUUACGCAUAAUGGACAAACGAUCGGAAUAGCAGACUACGUCUCACUUAUAAUUGAAGCAGCGAGGAAAAUCAUCGAAAGAGAACAACGAGAGAAGGGAAAUUUGGAUAAGAGUGGUAUAUCUUUAAUCAGCGCGGACGCACCAGAAGACAGGCUAACUAACAGCGAAUCAGAGACGCCAAAGGAAAUGGAAAACACUACGCCAAACCCUUCAGACAUGAACUCGGUGAUGUUGCGUUUGCCAGAUGGAACCCUUCAAUCGGUAGAAGAUUACAUCGUCGGAAUUAUAAAAGAUGCAAGCAGUCAGAUAGAAAAAGAACGCCAAAAUACAAGUAUUACAGCAGACGACAUCUUUGAUAAAUCAGCAGACGUUGAAAACGUGCAGCAGACACCCCUAAAGACCGAACUAAACAACAGCACGCACGGAAAAGACUCAACACCAUCAAAGGCAGCUAAAGUAUCUAGUCCAAGAGCAGGGCCAGUUUCAAAAGUCUUAAGCCGGAUCUUUAAGCGAGGAAAAACAAAAGAGAAAGAAAAGCCUAAAGACGAAGUAAUCCAUGGAUUUGACGAGUCACAAACAACAGACAGAGCUGCAGAAGAAGGAUGUUCGCCCAUUAAACCUGAGCCAGGCUCCCCCAACAGUAUCCACAGUGAAGAGAUUACUGCUCAUGUUGCCACUGAAAACCACCAAUCUCCUGGCAAAGACUCCAAACAAGAAAUUCCCAAAGGAAAGGGAAAACUCAAAAAGAAAAAUUCCCUUAGGAAAAUGUUAUCCUGCUUUUCUUCCAAGGCGGCUCAAGCAGACUGACCUUCGAUUGGACAAUUAUUUGAUAUCUAGACAAAUCUAAAAUCUGAUAUCUGAUAUCACAGAGUGGCAUCAGUUCAAACAUGAUAUCUAUACCCUGUUUAAUUAUCAAGAGGAUUUAUCUGACUUCUUUGUAGAUUCUGGAUUUUAUGAACAUCUGUGAUCACAUUGGAUUUAAUAACUGUGACCCCUGGAAAAUACCGGUAUCUGAAUUUUGCGAAAUUGAAUUAGUGGGUAGGAUGACGAGUCGAUCAUUGUUACUGUCUUAUUAAAUAACAUAAAGUAAGGAUAUUGCAUUAAUAUUCUGCAAACUCAUCAAUAACUGUGUGCCAUGAAGAUUGAUUAAGCUGCCAAAUUAGAGACAUUUUUUGGGUGUGAAAUAAAUCAUUUCAAAUGUUCCCUGCAGGAAGAAAACCAAGAGAAAUUAGUGAUGAAGAAAAUUGCAUUCAUUUGAGUCUGCUCUCUUCCUGUCAGGCAAGAACAACAAGGAUUUUCUCCCUCCUUGAAAGUGAAAUAAUGAACGGCCAAUAUGGAAAAUUGCAGGAUUCAGUCAAUUCCCCUUGGAUUUGCAGGUCAGAGCCAUCACAACUUGCUAGGCAUUGGAGACUGAUCCAGAAGACGGGUUCAAUACUACUAGGGUUUUGAUGUUGAACAGACACUGGAUCCUUUCUGUAGUAUGAAUGGCGUGUGUGUUAUUUACUGUAGGAGAACAAUUAUGUCAUUCUAAACAAGACAAUUUAAUGACACAAUGUAGUUUGAACUGUCAUAUGACUUUUGCAACACUGAAAUGCAAUUCACACCAAAAAAUUAUCUGCUUUGAAAGUACACCAGCUUAUUUGAUUAUUUUACAGUGUGAACUUAAUAGACAUUUAUAGUUUCAAAAUCCAUAUAGCACAUUGUUUUGAUGGUGCUAAUUUUGAUUCUCUAUGGUGGUUGAUUACAAAUCACCAAAAUUAAGCUAUUGUAUAUAAUUUGUAUAGUGUAAAAUUUUUCUCUUAAAAAAUUGCAAAGUCCUACACCUGCUAUAUGAUAACCUCAAAGGUUCAAAAUACAUAUUGUUUAUUAUUAAAGUACUUACCUAAGAAUAGAUAAUUUAUCAAAAUCUAAAUGAUAGAUGGGGUCAUAUUUAAUGCCAAAAAAUUACCUUUUUUUUUUCAAAAAUGCAUGCACUAUAAUAUCAAAAUUAAUUUUUCCUGGACUGGGUACUUGUUUCUUGUUUUUAAAUGUAUGAUGUACUUAGUAUGGGUGUGGAACUUGUUGUAUUAUUAUUUAUUUGAUAUCACUUUAUAUGUUUCUAUUAUAUCAGUUGAAUCCCUUAAUUAACAAAGUCCAAUCUAACAAGUGGUUACUAGUAUUCCUCUCCUGGCCCCCGUGUUUGCCAUUAACUUUAGAAUCAAUACACAUAGAGAACGGCAAUAUAAUUUGUUCAUUGAAACAAAUGUUUUUUUAACAAGUUGCUGUAUAUAAUUGUAUUAUAUUCAAAUCAUUGAAACUGCUCAGUUUUGGGUAUUCAUUUUUUCAUGGACACUUACUUUGAAAUUGAUACUUUGGUGAUUUGAGAGAGAGAGAGAGAGAGAGAGAGAGAGAGAGAGAGAGAGAGAGAGAGAGAGAGAGAGAGAAUAAAUAUGUACUUAUCGGUACAUAUACAUGUGUAUGUCUAUUAUAAUUUAUUUUUGGUGAAAAAUACUUCACCAUAUUGAUCGUCAUUUUAACAAAGUAAAGCUUUUAAAUGACAUUGUAAAAAAUAUUCCGUUAUAUGGCAUGUUUUGACUGGUCUAUCAACCAUUUUGUAUGUGUAUAUAUAGAAAUAUGUCGGGAAAAUUAACACAAGUAUUUCUAUUAUGGUAAACAAUAGAAUGCUUAGUUUAAAACUCUAGUUCUGAUGUUUUUUCAUUUAGGGUGUGUGUGUGCAUGUGCAUUAUAAACAUAAUUUAGUAAAAGGAAGGAAAAAUCAUUGAAAAUACUGGUCAAUGAAAUCAUAUUCUUUAUCAUGGAAAUUUAUUUAAAAUAUCAAAACUUAUGUAAUUUACAAUAAAUUGUAAAGAAUUCUCGCAUUAAGUAUAGUUUUUUUUAGCUUGCUUCCCUCUCCCUCUUCACACACACACACACACACACACACACACACACACACACACACACACACACACACACACACAAUGUUGUUUACAUAAAAUUGUUUAAUGUCUACUGAUAUGUUUUUAUAGAUGAAAUAAAUUCAAAACCUGCAAUAAACGUUCAAAAGAAAAUUC